CUUCCCCCUCCGCAACUGCCGCUGCCUCCCCUACUCCUCCGUUCCUUCGUCUCGUCGCGUUUCCGUCUCUAACUUCCUUGCUUCUCUCCACGCUACGCUAUCCGGAACCUUCCGGAGGGUUGCUUUGCCACCCUCCCUUCCGUUCCGUCCAACGGCAUCGUCGGCACAGAUCUGCGCUGUCGGCGGCAGCGGCGCCAUGGGCGAGCAGGCCGCGGCCGUUUCCUCCGGCGAGACGCCUGCUCCGGCGGAGGUGGGGACAGGGUUGGGGCAGAGGUCGCUGCCCACGCCGUUCCUGAACAAGACGUAUCAGCUGGUGGACGACCCGGCGGUCGACGAUGUCAUCUCGUGGAGCGAGGACGGGUCGGCGUUCAUCGUGUGGCGCCCCGCCGAGUUCGCGCGCGACCUCCUCCCCAAGUACUUCAAGCACAAUAACUUCUCCAGCUUCGUGCGCCAGCUCAACACCUACGGAUUUAGGAAGAUUGUGCCGGACAGGUGGGAGUUCGCCAACGACUGCUUCCGUCGAGGAGAAAAGCGGCUGCUUUGUGACAUACAUCGGCGAAAGGUGACGCCGACGGUGGCGGCCACCGCCGCGGUCACGGUAGCUGCGGCGGCCGCGAUUCCGGUAGCGCUGCCGGUGGCGAAGCGACAGGGCUCGCCGGUGCUUUCCGGCGAUGAGCAGGUGCUGUCGUCGAGCUCGUCCCCUGAGCCCCCCUUUCUAAAUCAGUACGCGCCGUCCUACUCCGGCUCAGGCGGCGUUGCCUCCGGCGAUCUCGGGGAAGAGAACGAGCGGCUGCGGCGGGAGAACUCGCGGCUGACGCGGGAGCUCGGUCAGAUGAAGAAGCUUUGCAAUAACAUUUUCGUCCUCAUGUCCAAGUACACCGACGGCCAGCAGCCCGACGCCGCCAACGCGACCUCCGCCGCUGCCGACGUCGGGAAUUGCUCUGGUGAGUCGGCAGAGACAACGGCGCUCCCACCUCCGCCGGUGCUCGAGCUCUUGCCUUCCUGCCCAAAUGCUCCCACAGCUGCCGAUUUGGGCUCGGAGGAAGAGGAGGAGAAGAUGAGCGCUAGGCUCUUCGGCGUCUGCAUCGGGCGGAAACGAAUGCGUCACGACGGCGAGGACCCGACGAGCCGAGGAGCGGCGGCGGAGGUGAAGCCUGAGCCGAUGGACGCGCAGCAGCCCUCCGGAAUGGACGGUCACACGCCGGAGGUGCAAGCCUGGCCCAUUUACCGGCCCAGACCCGUGUACCACCCCCUCCGCGCCUCCGACGGGUCAAACUGCUACAGCGGGAGUGACGACCACAACGGGUCCAACUCCAGGUGAGCUCAGCUUGAAAAAAGAAGAGGAUAAUAACUCCAGGUGAGCUGGGUUCAGGGUCGUGUACUGGUAGUACCGGAGUAGUUAAGUUAAUUAAAUGUAGUCUACUAAUUCAGCACUAAUUAAGUACUUCCUCCUUUCCGGUUUAUAGGAGUUAUCUCAAAAUCUUAGUUUUUUUAUUUUAUAAGGCUCAAUUUGAUUGUUUUUCAUCACAUGUUCAGAUUUCAAGGUGCAUUAAAUCAUUGCAUGCAAGUAUUGAAAGAAAAUUGACCAACGCAUGUACUUUAUGCAUGCAUGCAUUGAUAAACAUAAUUUUUUUUAGAAAAAUAAAAACAUUAAUUAAGUGCUUUUGCAAACUACAAAAAGUAUUCCAUCACUCACCAUCUAUCUUGGUUGGUGAGAUUUUUCAAUUAAACCUUAUAAGCGGGAAAGGAGUGAGUAGUAGUAGUAAGUCACAUGUACGUAGAGAGAAAAGAAAGCAAAUUGUAUGUGGAAUUCCAGUUUCUCCGUAAGUUUCUCGGCAAGUCCCCAGUAUUUUAUCAUCUCCAAAGUACUAUUUCUUCCGUUCUCAAAUACUUAUUUUUCUAGGCAUUUUAAAUGGACUCAAUAUACGGAUGCAUGUAGAUAUAUUUUAAAGUAUAAAUUUAUUUAUUUUA